AUGACCUGUGAAAUCCGGCAGAAGGAGGAAGUCCCGUUUAUGCUCAUCACCAGAAGGGAAAUUCUGACGUCACGAUCUUCAACAGUGGAUAUUACAAAGGCUAUAAAAUACAGCGACAAGAAGACCCACAGACGCUCACAGCCUCACCUGCGGAAACAAAAGCAGAACGAGUCAGCAAAUGUUGCCGUGGAUUUCCGUGUGGAGUAUCCACUUUUCAUAAACUUCCAUUAUAGUGAUGAGUAUAUAAGGGGGUUCCUCCUGCAGUCGAGCACCAGUUCACUCAGCUCCUCUGCGACUAACACCAACAUGUGUGCGAAACUGAUCCUCGUGGUGGGCGCCCUCGUGGCUGUGGCCUCCGCCGUCCCCCGUCCCGACUCUCCUCCCGUCUACAGCGCUCCUCCUCCGACCUACAAGCAGCCAGGAAUGCCCUUCGACUUCAGCUACGCCGUCAGGGACUACUCGGGUAACGACUACGCCCACGCCCAGACCAGCGACGGUCACGUCACCUCCGGAUCGUACAGCGUGGCUCUUCCCGACGGCCGAACCGAGAUCGUGGAAUUCACCGCCGAUCACGACAACGGCUACGUCGCCAACGUCGCGUACGAGGGGGAGGCCUCCUACCCCGCCCCUGCCCCCUCCUACCAUCCAGCUCCCUCCUACCACGCCCCUGUCCCUUCAUACCACCCCACUCCCUCCUAUCACGCCCCCACCUACCCACCUCCUCCACCCCACCCACAUCAAUAAAACCCAUCUAUCGUCAACGCACAGGCGGCUCUACAAAAGCUCCUAGAUCGUGAAAUAUCCAACACCAAAUGAGGGUCUUUCCAAACUCAAGAAACGCCAUCAAAACGCAACAAUCUCAGUGCAAGCUACAUUUCUCCCCGUGCUUUAUCUGCAUGCGCCUCAUUACCUGAACAUCCAUUACAAUAUUUGUUAACUCCCUCGCCCACAUGUCUUGCCGCCGUGUUCAUGAGUGA